UACAGUCGCCAUCUUCUUGUCGUCGAAAACGCGCAGAGAACUAAGACAGGCGGCGGCCGAACUAAACCACGAAUCCGGCGUUAUUUUACACCGAGUCAGGGCAGAACAGUUAGCUACAUGAGUACAUGGACUGCCUGUUGAUCAAUGGUUAUGGUAUUGAUAAAGCUGGUGUAGCUUUUCCCGGGUCGCUCAGCUCAAAGAUGGACGACAGCGCGGCGAGGGAAGAUGCCUGCCGAGAGUAUCAGUCCUCGCUGGAAGACCUGACAUUCAACAGCAAGCCACACAUCAACAUGCUGACCAUUCUGGCCGAGGAAAACCUCAACUUCGCCAAGGAUAUCGUCGCAAUUAUUGAAGCACAAAUAAGCAAGGCCCCAGCUACCGAGAAGCUUCCAGUUUUGUACUUAGUGGAUUCCAUAGUGAAGAAUGUUGGAGGAGAGUACCUAGCAGUGUUUGCUAAAAACCUAAUCACUUCAUUUAUAUGUGUCUUUGAAAAGGUGGAUGAAAACACUAGAAAGAGUCUGUUCAAGUUACGAUCAACGUGGGACGAUGUGUUUCCUCUGAAGAAACUGUAUGCGCUGGACGUCCGGGUCAACUCUCUGGACCCGGCCUGGCCCAUCAAGCCGCUGCCGCCCACCGUCAAUGCCAGCAUUCAUGUCAACCCCAAGUUUUUAAAACAGUCUGAGGAGGCAUCCUCUCCGCAGCCGGUUCCCUCCCAGCCGGCGCCGGCGCCUGCGCCCGCUCCCCAGCCGGUCCCCGCCAUCAGCCAGUCCAGCCUGACCCAGGAGCAGCUGAUCCGGCAGCAGCUGCUAGCCAAACAGAAACAGCUUCUGGAGCUUCAGCAGAAGAAGAUCGAGCUGGAGCUGGAGCACACCAAAGCACAGCUGGCUGGUGGAUUUGUGUUACCAACACCGGCUCCAGCCUCCACUCCGGCAGCACAGACCACAGUGCCAAAGCUCGUCAGCCAGACUGCCCCGGUGGUCCGACCCUGGAUCCCUCCUCAGACUCAGUCUGACACAAAGCCGUCCACCAGAGACCCCCGCCUGAACCGCACCAGCACCCCAGCUGCCUCCCAACCCAAAGAACAGCCUGCUGGAAAAAAAGACAGUCCCCCCAAGACUGGAAGUCCUGCUCUGACACCUGAGAAACGACUGCCGGAGAAAUCACCACGGCCGGACAAGGCCAGGAUCCCGAGGAAAGAGGUGUUAGAGGAGAAGCCCAAGUCCAAGUCUCCGUCUCCGAUUGUCAAAAGUGUCCAGAGCAAAAACAAACAGGUGGAAGCUGAGGUGCCAAAGUCAGGUGAUGGCAUGAAGAAAGAUCCCAGGCUGAGGAAACGCACACAGGACAAGACGGGAGAGGCCAAAGACGACGAGCUGAAGGAGAAGAAGAGAUGCAGCGACAAGAAGGAGAGAGAGGAGGCAGCACAGGGAGCAGAGCCUCAGAGGUUCAGCAAAGGGAAGCUGGUGAACGGCUCGGUGACCAGACACGACCGCGAGGAGUCCGCCGAUAAGGUCGAGUUCAAGACCGGAGGCAAUGCUCGAACACACGCCAGGAAACGCACCCGAUCUCGGUCCAGGUCACGCUCCCCCACCUCCUCCCCGAAGAGGAAGGACAGGCGGUCGCCCAAGGGCAGAGCCAGAAGCAGCUCACUGUCCCCGUCACCCUCUCACAAACCGGGCAAACCCAGGAGGAUCCGCGUAGACGAACCGCAACACGGCAAGCCUGGCCGAGAGGACAGGCUCAUGCCCAAGAAGAACCAGUCAGAGAGCAGGAGGUCGAAGAGGCCAUCGGAGGACCGGCACUCAGAGUCCAGAGACUCUCAUUCCCCACGCAGCCAUGACGGAGGCAGCAAAGAGACCAAGGAGGCUCCUCACCGCUGGAGGAGUGGCUGGGAGGAGACCAAACAUUUGAAGCUGUCAGAGGACCCUCACGUGAAGCCUGGACCUCAGAGACACAAACCGUACAGCACCCCAACUCGCCCCACCACCCCCCGAACCCCGAAGCACCGCCUCAGCGUGGACGCCAACCUGCAGAUACCUGAGGUCCUCAACUCCGCCUCCAAGAAGGACCUGCUCAGGAGGGCCAGUAAGCGUCUGGAGAGCGGGGAGAUUUCCCAGGAGGACUUCCUUAACAUGGCCCACCAGAUCAAACAUUUCUUCCAGUAUCAGGAGGAGAAGCAGCAGCGCUCGGAGAGCUGGGACGACUCCGGCGACUUCUCUAUCAUAAAACAGCCGCUGCUGACCACGCCCCCCUCCGCUCAGCUCCGCCCCCACGAAACCAUGGACGCAGCGGAGCUGUCGUACUAUGAGCAUAAGUCUAAGUUGAGAAAGACGCAGGUAACCCACCGAGUCACCGGAGAGGAGUGGGAGGGCGAGGAGAGUCCGGAAGAUGGCGAGGAAGUGGGAACGGGCGAGAAGACGGGUGGCGGCCGGAGCACCGGACACCCACUGUCACAUAAAUACAGCCGGGGGCCACGGGAGAGACAAGGUGAAAGGCGGAGUAAAGAGCGUGAAGAGCCACGACCUCCGCUGGGUCCCAUGAUCGAGGAGUACAACCACGGCAAAGAGUUCCCUACUCUGAAAUCUCUGCCCGGACUUCGCUUCAGGAGGAGAGCCGACCCCAGAGAGUCCAGUGAGAGAGAGUGGAACUCGCCGCUCACGGAACGCCAGCGUUAUGACGAACGCGAGGAACAGAAGAGUGGAUACGACGCUCCGCGGAGGUACGCCCCCUCUGUCGACCCCAGGCACCCUGACCCUCGGAGGCCAGAGGGACACCCACCCUCCGGCACAGUGGUCCACAGGAACUGUCCGAGCCCGGCCGGUAUGGAUGCCCCAGCCCCAAGGUUUGAACGUGAGCGCCUGUCGCCCCUACACCAGAAAGACUCAGCAGAAAUGAGCCCGAUUCCACGCUUUGAGAGCCCCAACAGCGAGCACUCCGACGACGGGCCCCUCAAUCUUGAUGUCGUCCCUCCUCACCCUCACCCUCCCCCCAAAUCCAUCCUCAAGGCGCCGGCCCGUGGAGGACCGCUUUCUUCUGUCCGACAGCACAGCAACUCCCCGGGACACACACCUCCUCACGACGGAGGGCACCCGCCUUCCCGGUAUGACGGGCCCGAACACAUGGGCCCCCCCAGACCACACCCUCCAGGCUGGUAUGAUGACUCAUCACGGUUCAAUGGGCCUCACCACCAGGGUCCCGGCAGGUUCGAUGGUGCUGGACCACCUCAUCACAACAUACCAGAGAGGUUUGAUGGCCCCGAUGGCCCCCCCAUGUCUCACGGUCCAAUGAGAGGCGGAGAUGGUAUAGGGAGGUUUGACGGUCACCCUCACCCUCAGGCACCUGGGAGGUUUGAUGGUCCCAUCGGCCAACAGGCCCCAGCGAGGUUUGUUGGACAGGGGCCCGGACCAGGGCACUUUGAGGGCCCAAUGCAGCGUUUUGAACCACCGCGGCGCUUUGAUAACAACAUGGCUCCUGGUCCUGGACCUGGGCCGAUGGGCUUCCAGCAGCAGCGGCCCAUGCGCUUUGAAGGCCCUUCAAACCAAAUGGGCCCCAUGAGGUUCGAAGGCCCCAGUCGUUUCGAAGGGCCCGGCCAGCCAGGUAGCAGGUAUGAUAUACCCAACGUGCCUCAUCAGGGUGGGCCCCCACGCUUCGAAGGCCCUCCCGGGCAGCAGGUCCCUCCCAGGUUUCCUCCCCAACACAACUUGCAGCCCCCCAUGAGGCAAAUGGCCCCACCCAUUUACGAAAACCCCAUGGCCCCCCAGCAGAACUUCACCAUGGCCCCCCAGUGUUUCCAAGAGUCCAUGAACCCUCAGUUCCCUGCAGGGCCGAUGGCGUUUCCAGCACAGCCGAACCUGCAGGCAGGAAACUUCAACAUGCAGACGACCCCGCAAUUCAGCCAGCCGGCCCCCGCCCCCUUCUACAACUCUGCUGCUCCUGCUGUCGGCAUGCAGCAGCCGGUGAACAUGGGAAAUAUGGGAAACAUGAACCAGCCCUUCCUGCCUCAGAACCCAGUGCCUUUCACACCGCAGACUCCGCAGGUUGUCCCUCCAGAGAACCACUUUGGUCAGGUUGAUGUCAACGACCUGCUGUCCAAGCUCAUCUCCAACGGCAUCAUCAAACCCUCGCAGCCCGACGCCGCGCCAGCCACCAGCAACGAAACGUCUUCCACGGCUCCAGCAGCUCCACCAGCAGAGGAGGAGGAAGAGGAGGAGCAGGAGCAGGAGGAGGAGGACGAAGAUCUCCCGGACCUCACCAGCUUCACCGUCGAUGACAUGAAACAGCGUUACGAGAGCGUGGUGACCAAGCUGUACUCAGGGAAUCAGUGCUGUCUGUGCAGCAUGAGGUUCACCGCCGCUCAGACCGACAUGUACGCCGACCACCUGGACUGGCACUUCAGACAGAACCACGCCGGCAAGGUCGCCAGCAAGAAGGUCACACACCGCCGCUGGUACUACAGCCUCACGGACUGGAUCGAGUUUGAGGAGAUCGCCGACCUGGAGGAGCGAGCGAAGAGUCAGUUCUUUGAGAAGGAGAACGAGGAGGAGGUUCAGAAGAACCAGGCGGCUGCGAAGGAGAAGGAGUUCCAGAGCGUGAGAGCCACCAAGGACCAAGUGGGAGAGUCGUGUGAAAUCUGUCAGGAGCCGUUUGAGACGUACUGGGUGGAGGAGGAGGAGGACUGGUUCCUGAAGAACGCCAUCAGGGUCGACGACAAGAACUUCCAUCCCUCCUGUUUUGAAGAUUAUAAAAACACGUCGUCGUAUCUGGACGUCACGCCGUCACCCAGCAAGGUGCUCGCCGAUCACCCGCUCAGCGCCUUCAUAAAGACUGAAGAAGAAGAAGAAGGGGAGGGCACUUCCUGCGCUGUCUCCGCCACCGCUGCCACCUCAGUCAAACAGGAAGCGGAGCCCGAGGCCGGCGAGCUUCCCGACGUGAAAAAAGAGGAGGAGCGGGAGGUUUUAACAGACGAAGCGCAAUCGGAAGAAAGCAAAGUGUGACCACGCUGCUGCUGCUGCUGCUGCUCUCAGCCUCCGUCGCCUUUUCCGUUUUGGAGGAAAAGGUGUUUUUAGCGAGCGGAGGCCGGGUCCGCGGCAACGUACACUUGAAUACAUUUUUGUAUUUGGAUUCUGGCGACCAUUUCAGGUCUGUUUCUCUGUGGACUGAAUUACAACUGAACUGAAACUGUUUAUUAAGAAAAUAAAUGUUUGUUUCCUUUGGGUCAAAGCUGUAAAUGAUUUAAUUUAUAAAUUAAAGUAUUUUUGGUAUCUCCGGUGUAACAGUGAUUGAAUCCGACAGCCGCUGGUUGCUGCCUGUUACAGUCUGUAAAUACUUGAUUGGUUUGUUGAUUGGUUUAUUGGUGGGUAGUUGCAGGUGUUGAGUUGUUUCUGGCUGCGUUAAAGGUAAGCAUCGUCUGAUUGGACGACUGAAGGCUCCGCCUGCUCUUCAGGAUUGGUUCCCGCCCGGAUCCGAGUCGUCGUCUUUGUUUUUCUCUGAUCUUCAAUAAAAGAGUCUGAAACUCGUUUGUGUGAACGGUGACUUGCUCUUUCAUGCUCAGUUUUAUUGUCAUUUAGGUUUCACAACUAAAAAUAAAGGUUCAAUGGGUUCAAA